CAAUUGGAGAAAGAGAGAGGGAGAGAGAAAAUGGAUAGGGUAUUUUCGGCGGGUGAAAUUUCUGAUCAGUACUGGUCGUCUGUUCCGGUCGCCGAACCUCCGCCGGCCGGCGGCGGCUCGAAAAUGAGCCGUAGCGCGUCUGAGUGGGCCUUCCAGCGCUUCCUUGAAGAGGCCUCUGAAACUUCCCCUCAUUGCUCUGCUGCAGACCAUGGCGAAGGGAUUGAGAUCAAGGGCUCUGACUGUGAUCAGUCGCAGAAACAUAAUGCUAAUCAUGGUGGUGUUAGUAAUGGCAAUAGCAGCAGCGUUUCUUCCAAUGCUGUACCGUCGAAUAUUCCGAUCGAUUCGGAGGAAUAUCAAGCGUUUCUUAAGAGCAGGCUUGAAUUGGCUUGUGCUGCGGUUGCUAAGAAGAGGGGAUCCUUUACAAAGACUCCAACUUCUUCUACCUCAUCUGACUGUAGAUCACAAGCAUCUAAUACGUUGGGAAUUCAAGCUCCCAAAGUAGCUUGUAAAGUAGGAGCUGGGAACAAUUCAUUAAGGCCACCAGAUAAGGAUAUAAAUGGAGUUACUUUCUCGCCCAUGGUGCCAAAAAUAUCUGAGGUUCGUUCUUCGCCAACUACCAGUGGAUCAUCAAGAGAUCAGUGGGAUGAUGAGGAGAUUGAGGGAGAAACUGACACAACGGAGAGUAAGGACCCUGCUGAUGUAAAACGUAUAAGGAGAAUGCUUUCGAACAGAGAAUCAGCUCGACGAUCAAGGAGAAGAAAGCAAGCACAUUUAACCGAACUCGAGACUCAGGUUGCACAACUAAGAUUUGAAAAUUCGACCUUGUUGAAGCGCCUUGCCGAUAUAAGCCAAAAAUACAACGAAGCCAACGUCAAUAACCGCGUUCUAAAAGCUAACGUUGAGACAUUAAGAGCAAAGAUAAAAAUGGCUGAGGAGACUGUUAAACGAGUUACUGGUAACCCGAUGUUCCAUGCCAUGUCUGAGAUUACCUCGGUCGGCAUCUCUUCGUUGGACGGUAGCCCUUCCGACGCGUUAGCAGAUGGCGCUGUUCCAUUGCAAGAUGGUUCAUGCCAUCUAUAUCAACCUGCAUCUAAUAAACCUGUGGUUGCACAUGACAUAGGAGUCAACAAUGGCUUGGGUGACAUUUCACAUGUAGACAGUGGGCAGCAGGAGUCGUCCUCUCUGGUACUGCCAGCUGUGUCCGUGAACAAGAUCGAAAGAUCGGAGUCUUGGCAGCGAGUGGCUAGCUUGGAGCCUCCACAAAAACGGAUCUGUAGAGUCCAAGCAAAUGGAGAGCAAUAGAUACAGUGUACUAGAUUUGUAAAUUUUACAAAAUUUGAAAGUUUAGAGACUACCGUUUUAA